AUGGGAUCCCUCGACACCUCCCCGCCGAACAGCCUCAUCACCGGCAUCGCGCACAUCAACCUCACAGUCCCAGACGACACACUCCACCUGGCGACCGAAUUCUACGGCACAACGCUGGGCCUCUCCCCACGCGCAGUGCCGCACCUCCAGAAGGGCCAACUCGCGUGGUUCGACAUCGCCGACUCGGGCCAGCAGGUGCACAUUGCUUUUGGCGAGCCGAGCGACUUUGAGAAGCAUAGCAGGCGACAUCCGUGCUUUAAGCUGGGUAGUCCCGCCGCGCUGGUCGAGUUGCAGAGGAGGAUCUGGACGCAUUUCGAGAAGGGUGGGGAUGCGGCGCCCCGGGAGGCGGACAGGCCUGGGGGUGUGAAUUCUGGCGCACAGGGCGUGGAAUACCCGGAGCGGUUCUUUGCGCGGGACUAUGCCGGGAAUAGGCUCGAGUUUACCCUUUGA